AUGAAUUGUGAUUAUAUGCUGAGUUGGGUGACAUGGGUUGAUCCUAAUUCCCCUCCUAAAGUAGGAUUGUAUCCUAUUGCGACAACCAACGACCCUUAUGAAUUUUCAAAUGUGGGCAACAGCAGUGCUUUUAGCGGAACUCACAGUUUAAUAAACCAGACACACUGCGAGUACCGGCUUCUUCCCAAGAAUCGUCAGCACUUCCUGGACACCGGAUUGAAAAUUGAAGCACGUACCGUACCGCAGCAACAUGCAAAGUCGACGGUACACAGCUUAACAACACGUACCGUACCGCCACAACAGUACCAGGUGUCUCCCACACCGCCACAACAGUACCAGGUGUCUCCCACACCGCCACAACAGUACCAGGUGUCUCCCACACCGCCACAACAGCACCAGGUGUCUCCCGCACCACCACAACAGUACCAGGUGUCUCACACACCGCCACAACAGUACCAGGUGUCUCCCACACCGCCACAACAGUACCAGGUGUCUCCCACACCGCCACAACAGUACCAGGUGUCUCCCACACCGCCACAACAGCACCAGGUGUCUCCCACACCGCCACAACAGUACCAGGUGUCUCCCACACCGCCACAACAGUACCCGGCGUCUCCCACACCGCCACAACAGCACCAGGUGUCUCCCACACCGCCACAACAGUACCACUCACAGCCACAACAGUACCAUGUCUCCCGCACCGCCACAACCAGGUGUCUCCCACACCGCCACAACAGUACCAGGCGUCUCCCACACCGCCACAACAGUACCAGGUGUCUCCCACGUCUCCCGCACCGCCACAACAGUACCGCCACAACAGUACCAGUACCCGGCGUCUCCCACACCGCCACAACAGCACCAGGUGUCUCCCACACCGCCACAACAGUACCAGGUGUCUCCCACACCGCCAACGGUACAAUUAAUGAGUCUCACACGCUCACAAUUGACAGGACGACCCGGAAAAAAGACAUCCUUGGCGACAGAUCAUUACGUGUGGUGGUGAGAGUAUAUAUAUACAUAUAG